AUGGCUUCCAAGGCCAUGUGGGAGGUUGAUCCCGAGACGCGCGCCAAGUUGGCCGCGAUCCAGAAAGAGGCCAAGAACAACGUCUGCUGCGACUGCAACGCCCCGUCGCCGCAAUGGGCUUCCCCAAAGUUCGGCAUCUUCAUCUGUCUGUCAUGCGCCGGCGUCCACCGCGGUCUCGGCGUGCACAUCUCAUUCGUACGUAGCAUCUCGAUGGACGCAUUCAAGCAGGUCGAGAUAGAACGGAUGCGCCUCGGCGGCAACGAGAACUGGCGAAACUUUUUCGAGCAGCACGAGGACACCAAGAUGAGGGGAAUCACGUGGGACGACGCGACGAUCGCGGAGCGAUACAGCGGCGAAGUGGGUGAGGAGUGGAAAGAAAGGCUCUCGGCCAAGGUCGAGGGUAAGGAGUACGUCCCGGGCGAGAAGAAGCCUGCGCCAGCAGCGGCACCGAAGCCUGUCAGCCGGACGGGCACGCCACUGGGAAGUACGAAUAGCCGCUCAGCCAGCCCCGGCGGCAAGGUCAAGGUGGACGACAAGUACUUCUCCAAGCUCGGCGCCGAAAACGCCUCCCGACCCGACGACCUGCCGCCUAGCCAGGGAGGCAAAUACGCGGGCUUCGGUAGCAGUCCCAUGCCCGAGAAGAAGGACACCGGCAUGCCGACCGUCGACGAUUUACAAAAGGACCCGGUGGCCGCUCUGACCAAGGGAUUCGGCUGGUUCACAAGCACGGUAUCCAAGACGGCCAAGACGGUCAACGAUGGCUACAUCCAGCCCACAGCGAAACAGCUGGCCGAGUCCGACUUUGCAAAGCAGGCGCAGCGCGUCGCCCAGCAAGGCGCUCGUAACGCCCAGGACGGCUUCAACCGGUUUGUCGAAGGCGGGCCCAGCAACGGCGGCGACAGCAGUCAGCGCGGCGCAUACAGGCAGGCGCCGCUGGACGAGAGCAAGAAGGACUUUUGGGAUAGCUUUAGUAGCCUUGCGGACCAGAGGCAGGGAAACAGCAGCAGCUCGAUCGGAACCGCUGCUAUGGGCAAGGGUGGCAAGACGGGCAGUGCUGCGGCGCCUGCGGCGCCUGCGGCGAAGAAGGAUAACGAUGGCUGGGAUGACUGGUGA